CAACCGGGGAGCAGUGGAGGCGGGUACGUUGGGCUCCCAGGUUGUCCGAGGCCACAUUCUGACAGUCAGAGACAGAGAGCAAGCUCUGCCGCACCCUUUCUCUACCGCGCACAGGUAAACUGCGGCCAAACGACCAAAGUCACUCGAAAGUCACAUUUGGAUUGUAAUUUUUGGCCAAAUUUAUGGAUUAAACAAAAACUAAACUCGUGUCUGGAAGCGGAUAUGAAGGGAUAGGCGCUAAGGCAAGACUAAGCGAUACCUCUCCUGUCCAUUUUGAUGUGCCUCCAGCGAUACCUCUCCUUUCCAUUUUGAUGUGCCUCCAGCGAUACCUCUCCUGUCCAUUUUGAUGUGCCUCCAGCGAUACCUCUCCUGUCCAUUUUGAUGUGCCUCCAGCGAUACCUCUCCUGUCCAUUUUGAUGUGCCUCCAGCGACACCUCUCCUGUCCAUUUUGAUGUGCCUCCAGCGACACCUCUCCUUUCCAUUCUACAGACCAAAGAGAAGGGACAACGUCUCAGCCCACACACGAUUGGAGGAGAUAGACGUCAAUCAAACUGGACACCGUCCAUUCCCUCCCACCCCUCAUGGCGAGACCACCCCCAACCCACCAAUAGGGCAAGUCCCAUCCACUCGAACCCCCGCCACCACUCAUCUGUCCGGACAAUCCAAUUGGUCCCCCUCACUCCACUUAACUCCUGCCCACUCUACGCUCCACCCCAUCCACCCCAUCUGAUUGGUCAAGAUGGACAAGUUGACAGACGAUGUCCCCGGGUGCUACUACAACCGUACAGUGCAGUUCUUCUACGAACAAAGUGGCAAGAACAUCAGCGCCCACUGGCGUCCUCGGGACUACGUGGUGGUGAGCCUGGGCAUGGGUGUGUCUGUCAUCGUCAUCCUGGCCAACAUCCUGGUCAUGGUGGCCAUCUUCAUCAACCGACGAUUCCACUUCCCUAUCUACUAUCUGCUAGGCAACCUGGCGGCAGCAGACCUGUUCUCAGGUAUUGCCUACCUGCACCUGAUGUUCCACACUGGGCCCUGGACCAUCAAGCUGUCCAAGAACCAGUGGUUUGUACGCCAGACCCUGAUCGACUCCAGUCUGACAGCAUCGGUGUUGAACCUCCUGGCCAUCGCCUUGGAGCGUCACCAGACCAUCUUCACCAUGCAGCUCCACAGUAAGAUGACCAACCGCCGCGUGGUGCUGCUCAUCGCCCUUAUCUGGGGCCUAGCCAUCUUCAUGGGCCUGGUUCCCACCAUGGGCUGGCACUGUCUGUGUGACCUGGAAAACUGCUCCACCAUGGCCCCCAUGUACAAACGCUCCUACCUGGUGUUCUGGGCUGUGCUCAACCUGUUCACCUUCUCUCUCAUGGUGGCUGCCUACACCAGGAUCUUUGUGUACGUCAGACACAAGAGCCAGAGGAUGUCUCAGCACACCAGCCAGAUACGACACAAGGAGACUGUGUUCAACCUGAUGAAGACGGUUUCUAUGAUCCUGGGUUGUUUUGUGAUCUGCUGGACCCCGGGCCUGGUGUUGUUGAUGUUGGAUGGUCUGGGCUGUGAAUCUUGCCAGGUGCUGCGUUAUGAGAAGUACUGCCUGGUCCUGGCUGAGUGUAACUCCCUGGUCAACCCCAUCAUCUACAGCUUCAGAGACACGGACAUGUUACAGACCUUCAAGCGGAUCCUCUGCUGCCUGUGUCGCCGCGGCGACGCCGGCCGCAAAGACACGCUGUCCGGCAUGCGCUGCAACACCCUGGAGCAAGAGGUACUCUCCGAGAGCAACGGCAACAAUCACCACGACAACCACAACGACGACAACAAUCAUAUAAGUCCCCGCGGCGACCACUCGGACACAGACGAUUAGACGAGGACAGUAGACACAUAUAGGUGACAGACGUACGAUGACGACGUAACAAGCAGUUACACCGUAACAAUGUCAACACUGACAGGGUGCUAUAGCAACUUUCAUUACCAUGCCCAGACAACUAGCUAACAGUCUUGUGACAACAAUGUAGCUACACUGUCACAAUGACAUAAACUACACCGUAACAACAACGUUAUGGCCUCCAAACUAUACCAUAGCAACCACCAUGCACUGACACACCUUAACAACAUCAACCACUGUAACCACUACAACUUAACAAAACAUUUUUUUAAAUAACUACACUGGACAAAAGACCACUUAAGUGACUACUACCAAGUAACAAAAUACCAUGGCAACACCUACGUCAAUGUAACACACUACCACGACAACACCUACAAUAACAACAACGUAACAAAAUAACAUGGCAACACCUACGUCAAUGUAACACAAUACCACGACAACACCUACAACAACGACAACGUAACACAAUAUCACGACAACACCUACAAUAACAACAACGUAACAAAAUACCAUGACAACACUUACAACAACAGAAUUACAGUGGAACAUGUACCACAACAAUGUCACAAAAUAGCCCUACAACAACCAGGCCUCGACGACCACCACCUCCCGAUUCAGAGAGGGUUGGGUUAAAUGCGGAAGACACAUUUCAGUAGGAGGCAUUCGGUUGUACAACUGACAAGGUAUCUUCCUCUCCCUUUACAAGCAGACAGAGAAUAUGGCCUAUAUGAGUGUUUGUAGCAUCGUUGUUAUAAUACUGUAUGUGGCGCUGUAACAUAGCAGCCCUGUCAGUCUCUGUUCUAAUCAAUAUAGAACCAUAUGAAUAGUCAAUCAUGCAGAUAUUAUUGUUUGGAAACUAACGGUAGCUGUACUGUCUGGAGAAGUGACUGCGUGUUAUUAGAAACCGGAGCCUACGUGCUGUUUGUAAAAAGAGACCUGAUCAAACAUAACGUUGUGAGUGGAUUGAGAGUGAUGGGGCUGAUUUCUCUACUCUGUUAACAUGGUGCUGUUUGUAAAAAGAGACCUGAUCAAACAUAACGUUGUGAGUGGAUUGAGAGUGAUGGGGCUGAUUUCUCUACUCUGUUAACAUGGUGCCGUGCAGCUUCUAACGCAGAUGUCUCAAUCUGUGUGUCUAGAGAGAGAGAGACGUUCUACAACGCCAAGACUUGAAUGAGUCCGGUUGAGUAAGACCAGCCCCCCGCGGUGAAUGUUUUGGUCUUCAGCUGGGUCCAUACUGGACUCUGAUAAUGCAACUGUUUUCCAUACAGACUUUCUAUAUAGUGACAAUGUCUCUAGAACGUUGUUGGAACGUUGUAGGAAGGCUGUCUGCCACCCCUGGACAGCCUGGUGGGAUGUGAACCAGAUGUUAGUGGUUCAAACGGGUCUGACUAGUUGUCAUGUUUCCUGUGACCUGUAGCUAUGGCAUGUACACACACACACACACACACACACACACACACACACACACACACACACACACACACACACACACCACCCACACACACACCACACACACACCACACACACACACACAAACAAACACACGGCUGACUCAUCACUGUGUCGUUGCUCUCUGUGUGGAGACACAGGAGUGUGUGUGUGUUUACAGUACCCCACACAAACACCAGUUAAACGUCUACACAUCCUGUCAGUGAUGUCACUAAUGGAGAACGAACACAAUUACAGGCAGGGGGGGAAACAUUUCAGUGUUGCACGCUAUUCUGCACUAACUCUGGUGUGACAGUGAAAUAUGUUCCCCUCGUACUUACCCUACCCCACCCAUGACACGGACUGUCAUUUUGUUUUACACA